AUGCGGUGGAGUAAAUGUAUACCGCUCAUGCUCGCCAGCAUCGACUACGCCCUGGCGUCCCACAGACAUCUCCAUGGCCAUGGCCAUCUCAUGCCACACGCCGAGAAACUCGAGCCUAGGGACUUGGCAUGGGCUGAUCGAAUUCCGGCCGACAUGAUCAUCGAAUUCCGCACCAUCACAACGACGGUCUACGAGGAUUGCGCGCCAACGAAUACCAUUUAUGUCACAACAACCGUGAUUGAAGACAUUAUGAUGGAGCCAACUCACAUGCUUCCUGAGCCUACAUACCCCGCUAUCAAGCAGGCACACUUUGCAGAGCCUGAACUCACGACAACAGUACACAUGACCCAAACUGUGGUGAAUGUUGUGACAGAAGCACCCGCAACCACGACAAUCGGCUCGAUCCCUGAGUACGGCAACCCCGAUGACCUCGGGCUUGAUAUAACUGCGCCACCUCGCGAGGUCAUGUUGGAGAAAACAACGGGUGGGGUUCAUUCCACAACUACGGUCACUGCAUCCUUGUCUGGGUUUGGUAACGCGACCGUGACAGUUGCCCUUGAUAUCACCGAACCAUCUAGGGAGGUACAUGCAGAGAAUCCACCAGCCAGACAAGCGCCAGCAAGAAAAGAGCCAGGCAAAGAGGGCACGCCGAAAAAGGCGCUACAGCAGGAGGAGAAAGCGAGAAAGCCACCUGUCAAAGGGGCAAAGGGAAAGGCCAAGGCCGUAGGACAUAAAUCCAAGAAUCCUGCACAUGGACUACUCCCAAACCUCCCAAAUUUACCCGGUCUUCCGCAACUGCUCCCAGGAACAACAAAGCCAGUUCUAAACUCAAUCGGCGAAGUGCUCGAUCUCAACGGACAGCCCUUGCCACAAGACCUCCAGUGGACAUCAGUCCCCAAAGAAGAAGAAGCCUCAACAGAUGGAUUCGGAGACCGCACCGCUCCAAAAGGCGCUGGAAUUAAAUACCGCGGCAACGUCGGCAUUCCCUGGGGCAGCAACAUCAUCGCCGUUAGCCCGACUGAAGCCCACAAGUACAAAUACGUAGCCCAAUUCACGGGUGCGAACGCAGAGCCAUGGACAGUUAUUGUCUGGAACAAAGUCGGACCAGACGGUAAAUUGGACGGGUGGUAUGGACACUCUGCAUUGACGUUCGUCCUUGGACCCGGCGAGACGCGGUACGUCGCCUUCGACGAGGACUCGGAGGGUGCAUGGGGUGCGGCGCCUGGAACCGAUGGGCUUCCGACGGACCAGUUUGGUGGUUAUACGUCUACCUGGGGAGAGUUCAGUUUUGGGGACUUGGAGAAUAGUGGCUGGUCCGGGUGGGAUGUUUCUGCUAUCCAGGCGCAGCUUGCUCACCAAGAUGUCCAGGGGAUGCGGAUUUGUCAAGCUGAUGGGCAAGGGUGUUCGACGCUUACGUCUGGUGCUAAGAAGGUUGUUGAUGCUUAUACACAAUCGGAGCGGCAUAGUGAUGGGAUUGGAGGUGCUGCUUCUCCGGGACCGGUACGGCUGGUUGUGAAUUUGGAUUAUAAGGAGUAA